CCAUAUUCUCCAAUUGUGUUGACAGUGUAGCAAGAAGCAAAAACCCCGCGCGCCAGAAAAACCCUCUCUCGCCUACGCUACUACUUGCCAGCUCUGGUUUCUUCUUCUCCAAUCGCAAGAUGAGUACUAUGAAAUUUUGCCGCGAAUGCAACAAUAUUCUCUACCCUAAGGAGGAUAGGGAUCACAAGGUCUUGCUCUUUGCUUGCCGCAACUGCGAACAUCAGGAGGCUGCCGACAACAACUGUGUCUACAGAAAUGAAGUGCAUCAUUCGGUGGCUGAGCGCACUCAGGUAUUGCAGGAUGUAGCUGCAGAUCCAACGCUUCCUCGCACUAAAGCUGUAUCAUGCCAGGUUUGCAAACAUCAAGAAGCUGUCUUCUUCCAGGCAACUGCCAGGGGAGAGGAGGGUAUGACACUGUUCUUCGUCUGCUGCAAUCCAAAUUGUGGGCAUCGGUGGAGGGAAUGAGAUGCAUCUGCAUAUCAAUCAACAAGGCUCUAAUGAUGAUAGAUUUAGAUGUUUUAUGUUGAUGGCCAAGUCUAUCCAUAUUAUAUACAUUUCCAUAUUUACUGGUUAACUCUUGUAACUUGCCGUAAGUCGGGGCUCUAUAUAGGAGUCCCUUCGGAAGGGAAUUGUUCUUAUUUUGCCACCAUUGUCGUUGUUAGAAUGAGUUCUGAAUUUUGACAAUCCGUAUCAUUAUGGGACUUCUAAAGGGCUCCAGUCACAAGACCUUUUUUUU